AUGCAACCUGCAGACCCUGCACAGCAAACCAACGCCGGCGACUCCGCGACCCAUGAUGGAUCUAUUACGGAGAAAUCUUCCACCUCGCCCAAGCCACAGUCAGGACUGGCACUGGAACGAGAAAAGCCACGGCUGACCGAGCAAGAAAAGAAAAAUAACCACAUCGCGUCCGAACAAAAGCGUCGCGCCGCGAUCCGCGAAGGUUUUGAUAGACUAACUGAACUUGUACCCGGCCUAGCUGGCCAGGGUCGGAGCGAGGGAAUGGUUUUGCGGAAGACAGUUGACUUCAUUCACGUCAAACUCCAAGAGAGACAGGAGCUGAUAGACGAGAUAGAGAGAAGAGGCGGGAAGGUCGAUGAUCGGAUACGAAACAUGGUUGAAGAUUCCUAA